AUGAAGGUUUAUGAUCAAAAAGGCAGGAGUGGCAUGUUGUCUCAUCCCAACAGCCUAGUUAGACAGAAGCGAGAAUGGACAGUCCCUCCGGCUUUCAUACGGGAAGAGGAGGACAACUCCUAUAUGAAUCCAAUUGCUAGAAUACAUUCUGAUCUUGAAGAGACAGGUAUAGUGGUAACUUACACUAUAUCUGGUCAAGGAGUAACAGAACCCCCUUACGGAUUAUUUGUUAUCAAUGGAAAGACUGGAGACCUGAACAUAACAGGAAGAGUUGACAGAGAAAAGACUCCAAUGCUGCUUCUCAGAGGUCACGCACUAGAUAAGACUGGAGCAAAACUGGAAGAGCCGAUAGACCUCCCAAUUAAAAUUGUGGAUAUAAAUGACAAUUUUCCAGUGUUUUCACAGGAAGUUUUUGUUGGUUCAAUUGAAGAAUUAAGUGAAACAGGUACAAUCGUAAUGAGGAUAAAUGCAACGGAUGCAGAUGAACCAAACAACCUAAAUUCCAAAAUUGCUUUCAGGAUCAUUUCUCAAAGCCCUGGAGCUGCAUUCAGUAUGAAUAAGGAUACUGGCGAGGUUCGAGUAGCAAAAAUAAACCUUGACAGAGAGACACAAAGUAGCUAUUCUUUGGUGGUGGAAGCAAAAGACCGUGGUGGUGAAAUAGGUGGGAAUGCUGCAACAUGUUCUUUAGAAAUCAAGAUUUUGGAUGUCAAUGACAAUCUGCCUGUGGUUGAAAGUCAUAGAUUUGAAGGAAGCAUUGAAGAAAACAGAGCAAAUGUGGAAAUUCUACGAAUAAAAGUAUUUGACAAAGAUGAAGAGUUUUCGGAUAACUGGCUGGCGAACUUUUCAUUUGUUUCUGGCAAUGAGGGUGGCUUUUUUCGUUUAGUAACAGACACCCAAACAAAUGAAGGAAUUUUGACUCUUGUGAAGGAGCUGGAUUAUGAAAAAAUGCAAAGCCUAAACUUGGGCAUUGUUGUUACAAACAAAGCAGAGUUCCACAAGUCAAUUAAACACAGUUACAAAGCACAAACAAUUCCAAUAAAAAUUAAUGUGAUUAAUGUGCGGGAAGGCCCUGUAUUCCCUGGUGGCACAAAAAUUAUUGAAGCAAGUGAGAAACUGGAGAUAAGACAGGUUAUUGGACAGUAUCAAGCCUAUGAUGAAGACACUGGAAAAAUAGCAGAGCGCAUUGUAUACAUGAAAGGAAGAGAUACAGCAAACUGGAUCACAAUAGACUCGGUCACAGGUGAAAUCCGACUUGCCGAAAAACUUGAUUAUGAAUCGUCUUAUGUAGUAAAUGGUACCUACACUAUCACCAUGUUGGGUGUAACUACUGAUGUUCCUAAGAAAACAGUCACCGGCACAGUCAUUAUUCAAGUUAAAGAUGAGAAUGAUAACUGCCCAGUUAUUGUGAACCCUGUGCAGACUGUGUGUUCAGAUGCAAAAUUAGUUGAUGUUACAGCUAACGAUUUGGAUGGUUACCCAAACAGUGAUCCCUUCAGCUUUGCUGUCAUUGAUGAGCCAGAAGGGACAGCAAAAAAAUGGAUAAUUGCAUCCAGAAAUGGCACCAGCAUACAGCUGGUACCACAAAACCUGAAGCUGGGCAAAACUGAAGUUCCCAUCCUAAUAAAGGAUUUCCAAGGGUUAAGCUGCGCUCAAGCACAGUCUCUGCAACUGACUGUUUGUAAGUGCAUGGAUAACGGCAUAUGCAGAGAUAAAUUUAUUGGCGCCAAGUCAGUGGGUCUGGGACCAGGAGCGGUUGCGCUAAUCAUCUUGGCGUUUUUACUUUUGCUGCUUAUUCCACUGUUACUGCUGCUGUGUCCCUGCGGCUCAGGAGCGAAGGGAUUUGGUGCGAUACCAGACUACAGUGAAGCAGUGUUGCAUCAGUGGAACAGCGAAGGAGCAGCUCCUGUGGAAAAGGCAUUGCUAAGCUUCAUGCCACCCACUACACCGGGGAACUCAAGAGGAGCGACCAGCGGAGCAGCAACAGCAGGAAUGAGUGGAGAGGAAACUGUGGCAGGAGGCGGCAGCUCUGCUUCUCAUGUAAGAGAGCAUUGCAGCACUAUUGCCAAGGAAGGAUGGGAAGAGCAAAGACAUCUCCUUUCUGGUGCUGAGUGUGGAGCUAUGGCAGCUAGAGGUGCUGAAGGCAAGACAGUGGUGGCUGGAGGAGGAGUUGUGGUGGGAGCAGCAGGAGCCAUGAAUGAAGAAUUUUUAAGAGACUACUUCAAUGACAAAGCUGUCUCUUUUGCGGAAGAAGACGAAGCCCAAGCUGCAAACGACUGUCUCCUGGUUUAUUCCCAGGGAGAGUCAGGCUCUCCCCAUGGCUCCAUCGGCUGCUGCAGCUUUAUUGAGGGUGAUCUUGAUGACCAUUUCCUUGAUGAUUUAGGAGACAAAUUUAAGACUCUAGCAGAAAUAUGCAUAGGCAGAAACAUCAACAUGAAAGACUGUAGCUCCAAGAAUGAAUCAGGUUUAGGUGUUAAUGACGCAAAUUCAUGGUCCUUAGAUCAGCAAAAUGCUUCCAGCUCCAAACAAGCUUUUGCCUCGGGCAGUCACUUCCAGCCUGCCCCGCCAGUGCUUGUGGGCGGUGGCACAGGAGAAGACACCCUCUCCACGGAGGUGGUCACGGAAACAACGUUUGCAUCCCACUCUGGGCAGCAUGAUGCUCGGCCCCUUCCCACGGCCCAUGCAGAGACCAAUUUCACCAUGACAGAAAUGUCCUAUUCAGCAGGGGCUCCUGCCCAUUCGGGCACUGUCUUUCUAGACUCCCAGUUUAAGGAGAAUGUAGUGGUGACAGAGAGAGUACUGGCACCCGCAUCAAGCUUGCAGGGUAUGGUGGAAAUCCCUGAUUUGCCACGGAGAGGUAAUGUGGUGGUUACGGAGAGGAUGAUGAAGUCAGAGGGUGCCGGGCCAGGAGCCCUAACGGUUCAGGAUCUCCCCGACUCCCAGUACGUUGUGGUGAGGGAACGGGAGAGGGUGCUUGUGCCCGCUGCAGAGCAGGGCUCACUCAGCUUCCCCACUUUGGCAGAGGGACGCAGCGUAGUGGUGAACGAAAGGGUGGUGACAGCCUCGGGGACGCAGAGCAGAGCCGAACAGGCGGCGGGUGCCAGCCUGGGAAGGCAAGAGCACAUGUUGAUCCCAGACUCCCCGCUUAACCAGGCGGGCUCCAACUUAGAGGGGCCACCUCCUGCCAGUGCCACACUGAGCAAGUCUUCCAGGGUCACCAAAUACAACACGGUGCAGUACACUCGCUCGUAG